AUGCAACCGUGGGCUCUCGUGACUCCCGCCUCGCGAGGCAUUGGCCUUGAGCUUGCUCGUCGAUUGCUACAGACCACAUCGGUGCCGAUUGUAGCUACAGCGCGAAAAGACCUUGAUCAGGCCAAAGAGAACAUCCUCUCCGGACUCAAAGAUGUCAGGGAGGAACGUCUGCAUCUUAUCAAGCUGGACUUUCUGGACGAACAGACAAUAGCCGAUGCUGCCCAGCAAGUGUCUAGCGUCCUUGAGAAAGAUUCAUAUCUACACCUCUCCUUGAGCAUCCCGGGCAUUCUCUUCCCCGAGAAGUCACCCUCGCAAAUCGAAUAUGACAACGCCCUCCUGACCUUUCGCACGAACACGCUGGGUCCGAUGAUGCUCCUCAAGCACUUCUCGGCUUUCCUGCCUCGCAAGGCUACAAAAUUGGAAAAGUUGGAUGGUCUCCCAGAGCAUGCAGYAUGGACAAACAUGAGUGCUCGAGUGGGAUCGAUCACAGACAAUGCUCUUGGCGGCUGGUAUAGCUAUAGAUCGUCGAAAGCGGCGGUAAAUCAGGUCACCAAAACUUUUGAUAACUUCCUCAAGACGAACUCCGGGAACAAUGCUAUGAGCAUCAGCAUGCAUCCUGGUACGGUCAAGACGGCCUUGAGCGAGGAGUUUUGGAAUAGUGUGAAGAAAGAUAAAUUGUUCUCAACAGAGUACGCGGCCGAGAAGUUGCUCGAGGUUAUCAACAGCCGGACAUUGGACCAUCGGGGCAAGUGUUGGGACUGGAAGGGUGAUGAAGUGCCGCCUUGA